AUGGAUAGGUUCCGCCUCAACGGGGGCUUCCUCAGUUGCCUCCUCAACAACAGGCUUUUCAACUGCUGGAGCUUGAGUGACAGGCUCCUCAGGGGCGGUUUCCUUCACAUCAGCACUGGGUUCUUCAGCAGUAGUUUCCUCAACGGCGGGAUAGCUUCGGUGGGCUUCUCGGUAGGUUCAGGAACAGCUUCCUCGGCUGGCUUGACCUCAGCAGGAACCUCAGCAGCUGGUGGCUCUGUUGCUUCUGAAGCGGCCUUCUCAGGUGCUUCUUCUGUAGAAGAUCCCUGCUCCGUGGCGGGGGCUUCCUCUGUAGACUUCUCAGGCGUAGGUUCGGUCACUAGCUCUUUAGAAGCUGGGACUUCUGUUGUCUCUGGUGCAGCGACGUCGGCAGGCUUCUCCUCAAGUGGGGUCUCCUCCACAGGCUUCUCAGGCGUGGCUUCGGUAACGGGCUCCUCAGUCGCCGCCUCCUCAGUGGCCUUCUCAGCGGGCUCGGGAGCGGUUCCCUCGGCAGCUGGCUGUCCGGCUGUUUCGGGAACCACCUGCUCUUCGAACUUCUCCUCGGUGGUUGUUUCGGGCAUGGCCUCGUCGACGGGCUGCUUCGGAUUUGGCUUCUUCAGCGGGCUUCUCCUCGACGGGCUUCUCCUCGACGGGCUUCUCCUCGACGGGCUUCUCCUCGACGGGCUUCUCCUCGACGGGCUUCUCCUCGACGGGCUUCUCCUCGACGGGCUUCUCCUCGACGGGCUUCUCCUCGGCGGGCUUCUCCUCGGCGGGCUGUUCGACUACAGGUGUCUCCUCUUUCAAUUCAGGGACAGCUUCGGUAGGCUCUGCAGCUGCCGGUGCCUCUGUAGCUUCGGGUUUGGCUUCUUCGGCGGGCUUCUCCUCGGCGGGCUGUUCGACUACAGGUGUCUCCUCUUUUAA